CAACCCUGGUCAAAGCCUUUACCCAAUCAGUGAGUUAGCCAGCCCACAACUCAUAGCCCUUUCUCAACUGCUUUAAUCAAAACACAUAGCCCUUUCUCUCUCUAAUAGUCUCUCACUCAACAUUUCAUCGAUCUCCGCUGAACGCAUUUACUGUCAACGAGAUGGAGCAGUAUGAAAAAGUUGAGAAGAUUGGCGAGGGAACUUAUGGAGUUGUGUACAAGGCCCGUGAUCGCGUGACAAAUGAAACUAUUGCUCUGAAGAAAAUCCGUCUGGAGCAUGAAGAUGAGGGAGUGCCGAGCACAGCGAUCAGAGAGAUAUCUCUCUUGAAAGAGAUGCAGCAUGGCAACAUUGUAAGGCUGCAAGAUGUGGUGCACAGUGAGAAGCGCUUGUAUUUGGUAUUUGAAUAUCUGGACUUGGACUUGAAGAAGCACAUGGAUUCUUGCCCAGAAUUCUCCAAAGAUCCUCGUCUAGUUAAAAUGUUUCUCUAUCAAAUACUACGUGGUAUUGCUUAUUGCCAUUCUCACAGAGUCCUUCAUAGAGACUUGAAACCGCAAAACUUGCUGAUAGACCGCCGAACCAAUGCAUUAAAGCUUGCAGACUUUGGAUUGGCUAGAGCAUUUGGUAUUCCUGUCAGGACAUUUACACAUGAGGUUGUCACUCUAUGGUACAGGGCACCAGAGAUUCUUCUUGGAUCCCGCCACUAUUCUACCCCCGUUGAUGUGUGGUCAGUUGGUUGUAUAUUUGCCGAGAUGGUGAACCAGCGACCAUUGUUUCCUGGUGACUCUGAGAUUGAUGAACUCUUUAAGAUUUUCGGUAUCAUGGGAACUCCGAAUGAAGAUACAUGGCCUGGAGUGACAUCUUUGCCGGAUUUUAAAUCUGCAUUUCCAAAAUGGCCUCCUAAGGACUUGGCAACUGUGGUUCCAAAUCUUGAUGCAGCUGGUCUUGAUCUCCUUGGAAAAAUGCUCUGCGUGGAUCCCAGCAACAGAAUCACAGCCAGAAGUGCUCUCGAGCAUGAGUACUUCAAGGAUAUCGGGUUUGUCCCCUGAUUCAGUUCCUCCUCGUACUCGUGCAAAUGUAUAUUGGUAUGUGGCAUCUGCGAGUUUUUAUUCUAUGAUAUAGAUGUGCGUGCUAUUUAGCUAGAAUUUUUCUUCUUUUUUAAUUCCCUUGGCAUUAUUAAGUUUUAAGUUGAAGUGGUUCCCAGCAAAGCAACUCCAAUAGUUGCAGUUGCUAGCGCUUUUAGUUUCCGAAUCUUGUGUGAUUUUCCUUUUUCCCAUUUUUUUUUUGGUGAUAUUAUAACAUGGUGUUGAUUUUAGACAUAUUGGCUUUUUAUCUUCAGGUCAAUCAAUUUGAUAUUGAGUGCUGUUUAUUCU